CCUUCACGUUCGCCCCAAACUAUUCUGCUCCCUUUUUUCACUCCCCGUUCUGUUGGAGGCACAUCGAUAAUCUACUCCACUCAUCUUGUUUUCUUUGUUUUAUCGAUUACCACACCAGUGUUUUAAUGUCACGUCAAGAAAGACGCUUACCAAAAUGGAGAUAUCACAUCAAUUCCGUUGGGACCAAGUCCUGAUUUUGGCAGCGACACUUAUGUCACCUGCAAUCACUGUGCUGUGUAAUGACAUCCUGGGUCUGAAGGUGGCAGGAGAUCCGGUUCUGACCCCGAACUCUGUCUGCCUGCGGCUGGCGGGCCUGAGCAAGCGUCAGAUUCGUCUGUGUGUGCAAAGCCCCGACGUGACGGCCUCUGCUCUGCAGGGCAUCCAGGUGGCCAUCCACGAGUGCCAGCACCAGCUCAGAGACCAGCGGUGGAACUGUUCUGCUCUGGAGAGCCACAGCAAGCUGCCCCAUCAGAGUGCCAUCCUCAACAGAGGCUUCAGGGAGAGUGCCUUCUCUCUGUCCCUGCUGGCAGCGGGUGUGGCACACUCCGUGGCUUCCGCCUGCAGCCUAGGCAAGCUCCGGGGCUGCGGCUGCGAGGCCAAGCGUCGCCUGGACGAAGAUAAGAUUCGCCUCAAACUCACCCAGCUGCAGUUGCAGACCCUCCAGAGGGGAGGAGCCAGAGUGGGCAUGGGAGUGGGUGGGGGAGGAGCGGCACACCCCCAGGAGAUCAGAGAUGUGCCAGCCAGCCUGCGUUCUGGUUCUACCCACCCCUCCUCCCUCCUCAAGCCCCUACCAGAGGACCUCAGCCCCCUGCAGGAGACCUGGGAAUGGGGGGGCUGUAGCCAUGACGCCCGCUUCGGGGAGAGAUUCUCCAAAGAUUGGUUGGACUCCCGGGGCUCCCCACGGGAUAUCCACGCCCGCAUGAGGAUCCACAACAACAGGGUUGGCCGACAGCUAGUGACUGACAACAUGAAGAGGAAGUGUACAUGCCACGGCACGUCAGGCAGCUGCCAGUUCAAGACCUGCUGGUACGUGUCCCCAGAGUUCAGACUGCUGGGGUCUCUGCUCAGGGACAAGUUCCUCUCCGCCAUCUUCAUUAACUCCCAGAACAAGAACAACGGGGUGUUCAACCCCCGGGUCGCAGCCGGGAAUGGUGCCUCGAAUGGGGUCAGGAACGGGGCCGAAGGGAGUACUGGGUCUGGGGGCGCGGGGAGCCCAAACAAUGGGGGUCGGCGGAGGAGCGCUGUGUCACGUGAGCUGGUCUACUUUGAGAAGUCGCCAGACUUCUGUGAUCAGGAGCCGUCCCUGGACUCUCUGGGUACUCAGGGCCGUAUCUGCAACAAGACCAGCCACAGCAUGGACAGCUGCGGGUCGUUGUGCUGCGGAAGGGGACACAACAUCCUGAAGCAGACACGUAGUGAGAGGUGCCACUGCCGCUUCCACUGGUGCUGCUACGUGCUCUGUGAGGAGUGCAGAGUCACAGAGUGGGUCAACGUCUGCAAGUAGAUAGGUAUAUGACCUGCCAAGACUCCUGUAAGGACCCAUCCAAUAGGACGCAGCGUGGCACUAGGAUCCACCCAUUGACUCUCCAGUGUACUACGCGCAAACCCACACAACCAAACCUUUCAUUUGGUACAUGGGUAGACGAUCCACUUCAUUUACUAAGGCCUGACACUUAGUUACUUUCUGGUAAUCCUCUUCAUGCAUUGGGGCGCAUGGGCAUCCACAAGAGAGCACUGUUUCUAGUGAGCAGGUUACUUGGUUAGCGUUCCCACAGGCGAGGCCACACUCUUUCAUGCCCUUCUUAACAGUCCUUCUCCAGGUUUUUCCUGGACAUAUCCAGGACACAGGAUGGCAAAAUGAAAAUCCACCCUUUAACUCUGUCCAAUAUACACACAUCCACCCAUCCAAACCUUUCAUUUCAGACUCGGUGUUUGUUUUUCUAUUUGCGUCGGCUAAAGUCUCCCACAGAAUCUGUUUAUCCCCCACUUCUCUCUCCUUUUUCUUUUUCCGUCAUCUGGGAUCUAUUUUCCCUUUGUUGCCUGUCAAAAUGCCAAGUCAGAGGUUGAAGACGAGGUGACUCAUGUCAUUUGUCUGUCUUUCCUCUGCCUGUUUAGAUGCAGCCCUUUCAGCCAUGGAAAUCUGAAUGUCCUGGACCCCAUCUGGUGUUCUGUUCUGUUCUCCCCUGCUCUCUACUCGGGAACAAAGAACAUCUCAGACAGCAGAAACACAUCAUUAUUUCAACUAAGUAAUACCCAGGCUAGUAUCACAGUGUUCCGUUUUUGUUUACAUGAUCAAAUGUAUGUUAAUGUUUGUGCGUGAACUUAUUUUGCCUUCCUUGCUUGGCAUAUGCUGUGUGGGACCAUUUUAUGAGAGGAACACAUGAGGCCCAAUGACUGAAUGUUGCUCUGCUCAGGAUGGUGAAGUUGAACUGAAGCUGUUAUAAUCAACAAAGCCUGAACACAACAGUGAGACGCUGGAAAACAGACAUAGCAUGAGUUUUGAUAUGGAGUGUGGUAAUGAACUCCAGAGGAUGAUUAUACUCAUUGGACAUUUUGCACCUACGCCUCAAGACUACAGGUUUUAAAUUCUUUAAUGCCGGUUCUCCAUUACAAGAACCAGGAGGAACUAACGAAACAGAACUAAAGAGAACCAGGCAUGAUGGUUCCUCAACGUGUUUCCAUUACCAAUGGAAUCAGAACUCGAGUGACUAGGAAUCUAGUGGGGACAGUUUGUUCUGCCCAUUGAUUUUCUUGGAUCCACUGGAGAAGAAAAUCCAUGUUUGAAAAUUAUUUGAAGCAAUUUGACCAUUGAUUUGAUGGAAUGCUGUCGGUCCCUCUCCCAACUGAACUGCAGGUCAUUUAGGUAAUGCCUUAGAAUUGUAACAGUCAUUACCACAAACUGUAUUAUCGCUGUUUCUUUUGUUUUGUGAUGUUGUUUUGUGAAUCAAUAUAAUUAUUAUGUCACAAA